CAAUCUCAACAGCUGCCUAUUUCCUCGGGCCUAGCAGCCUCCAAUAUUCGGGCUGGUCUUCGGCCUAUCAGUACAAAUAUUAGCUCUCCUGCCAUGAUUCCCAGACCACCGUUGAUGAGUCACUCAGUCUAUCUUGUUCCGCGUGGGAACCUAAACCACAUCCAGCCAGCAUCUCAACCGAACCUUCUCCAUGUAAGGAGCCUUACAAAUGCACAAUCACUUGCUCAAGGGAACGGUAUAGCUGGUGUCUCGGCUCCCACUCGUCCGUUUUCCUCCACAAUCAAUAACGUUGCGGUCCCUUCUAUCAACGACUCGCCUGUGGUUAAGUUCAUAAAACAACUAAUGGAACUCUCUCAGAAGAGCACUCCGGCUGGCACUCAGGACACCAUUAUUAAGCUUGUUCAACGGCUUAUCGACGAUGAAAUUGACUGUGAUAGGUUUUGCACACAAUUAUGCGCCAGUCUGAAAAGUGUCAAUAAGCGGACGGACGUGGAAUCAUUGCUAAAGAACAAUAUUGUACAGCUCCGUAGGGACCUCGCUAACGGUGUUUGCAGUCUACCCCACAUCACCCCUCCUUCCCGACCUCCGCCCACAACUCCUUCGACAACAGUCUUUGUUAGUCCAGCCACCAUCAUAAACUCGGCUUCGUCCACCUCGCAAAUUCUUCCACGUCCCUCUGAAGGUCUUCCCGCCAAUGCGACUUUCCAGCUCUCCCCGGCUGCAACGGUAUCACUGAAUCCGGCCCUCCCCCGCUCUGCUACGCCACUUGUACAAAACUCCAUCUUCUCGCCUCGAUCUAUUCCCACUUCAAUAGCUCCCUCGACACCACAUCCUAUACGUCCUCAAUUAAAGCCUGCUCAACCUCUGCCCAUUCGUAUGAAAACACCUCUCAGUCCUGCAAUGUUCCAACCCGUAUCUGGAGCCACCGCUAUCAAUCCACAGCGUGGAUCUCUCCUUACCGGUGCAACAGCAGUACGUCCCAUCUACCCCACCACACCUGUUUCAGUGUCCCCAGUCGUCCCCUCUCCUGCACCUGCUCCUCAAAUGGUUUCGGCACCAGGCGUAUCAGCUGUCACCGCUGCUGCAGCUCCUACUGUCGCUUCACCGUCUCCGUCGAGUCAGAUGAAUCAACCAUUCUUUCCAGUGUCUCAGAUACGAGGUUACUUGACCACGCAAUUGCCACAGUCGUCUAUUUCAAUGAUCUCCGAUGAGGCGCUCAAUUGUAUGGCGCACGGUCUAGACGCAUUUCUGCGGAAUAUCCUCGCUCGUGUCUCUGUAGUUGCUGGUCACAAGGCUGUGAAAUUGUCAGAGGACUCACAUCUCACACAAGUGGAUUUUGCCCGAGAACAGUUGAAUUACCUUCAGCGACUAGGUGAAUUUGACAGACAGAAACAGUCGGAACUGGAAAAGGAGUAUAUUUUGAAAGCUGCAAAGGCAGAUAUUGAUUGGCCUUUGUCUCGAACGCGAAGUGAGAACCCGGAUCAGGCCCGACUUCGUGAAAUGGCGCAUCAGCUGAAAAAUGAACAGUAUGAGCGUGAACGACAACAGCAAGCUAACCGGACGGCUCUUAAUGCAAUUGGACUGCCAGCUAACCGAAGACCACGAACAUCUACGAACCCCUCUGUCAGCGAUCAGGGUAUGGCAACUGGUGUUGGUAUUACCACUACGGGCUCCUCCUCGGCCACAACCACCACCGCAACUACUACUGCACCCGCUCCUCGCCUCUCCCUCAUCAAUUCGUCGGCUCCUCGACUGCGUCUGGUCCAGCCCUCCUCAUCGACUUCCGCAGCAGUGGUAGGUGGUGGUGGUCAGGUCACAACCACUCCACGAUUCACUCUCGCCGCCUCUCUACGCACACGGCGAGCUGGACUACGUGAACUACAGGUGGUACUCAGCAAGGACUCCCGUCUCUGUCGAUCUCGGGCAUUUUUUCGUUCCCAUUGGCGAUGA